GCAGCAGGCGCGGACGCGAAGGAAAGACAGUCGGUUGUGACAGAGGAAAUAACACGUUGUUUCAGAUGCAUGCAAAACUUGAGCUGUUGGACAGGUUCUCGUUUGUCUCUUGACAGGAGAUCCCCUACGCGUCUGUCCAAGCGUCAAGUCGGAGAGGAGACAAGGUGUUACAUCCGUUGCAGUGCGCUGAGCUCUCUCGGCCACCGUACUACUCCACCUGCUACUCGCGUUUACUUUGAAGAGGACACUUCCGGCUCGUGCCUGUGUGCCUCCGUGUAUCUUGACGCCUCCUCAGCCGCUCUCUCUGUGGGUGAAGCCGCAGGAGCAGCGCUUCCAUAAUGCGGCCGUGAGGUGAACGGAGGAGGAGGCGGAGGAGGAGGACAGCGGCGUCUGCACCGAGCCCGUGUCCGCCCGCCAGGCACCGGAGAGCGGGGAGAGAGCGGAUCGCAGCACCAUGUCGAACCGAAAGCACCGGGACAACCAGGAGAUCUGCGCCCGCAAGGUCCGGGAGCUGGCCCAGUCCGGAGUAAACAAACACUGCUUCGAGUGCAGCCAGCCCGGGGUGACUUACACCGACAUCACGGUGGGGAGCUUCGUGUGCACGUCGUGCUCCGGAAUGCUGAGAGGCCUCAACCCUCCCCACAGAGUCAAGUCCAUCUCCAUGACGACCUUCUCCCAACAGGAAGUGGAAUUCCUGCAAAACCAUGGCAACGAGAUCGGGAGGAGGACCUGGCUGUGUGUGUUUGACCCAAAGACGGACGGCUGCUCCGACAUGAAGGACUCGCAGAAGUUUAAAGAGUUCCUGCAGGACAAAUAUGAGAAGAAGAAAUGGCAUUUUUCUAAGAGUAAGAAUCGGAGGGACGUGGAGGGUCCGUGGAGCCCGGGGGUCCAGGCCAUGCCACCCUCCCAUGGUCCCCUAGCGAGUCAGGCACCCGCUCAUAACCUGCCCCCCAACGCCAGAUCGGCACGGCCCCUGUCCCAGUCCCAGCUGCCAUCGUGGGAUCGAGCGCCAGUGAUCUCGCCCGCCGACAUGCGGAUGGACGUGUUCACCGCUCGGCCGUCGCGCUCCCAAAGCUUCAGAGACCCCUCUCUGAAAGACCCCACCCUGUGUGGGAUAGAGAGACAGCGGCCAGGCUCCCUGUCCUCAGCGCUGGGGGCUCAGAGUCACGCCCCCUCCUUCCCCGCCCUCCCACGACCAUCAGCCAGUAGCUCUUUCAAAAACCACUUCACUUUGGGUAAGACACGGCUCCAGCCGACGCAUUUGAGUGUUUGCUGAAUGGCUGCGAUCAAU